GGAUCACAGAAUUACGUCACUGGAAUUUCAAGAUGGCUUCGGAUCACGGUCAGGAUACGGUCAUUUACCGGUCUGAGUCAGGAAAGCUUUGAUGUUUAAAAGGGUAGCGUUUAUUUGCUCGCGUUAUUUGCUGACUGUUAAUAUUUACCCCGUGAAUAUGUCGGCGGAUGAUCUAAAUAACGUUAGGUGUCAUGGUGAAAGAAGCGCGGAGUCCAGCGCUAAAGCAAGGCUCUUUGGCUGUCAAUCCACAAGAGGAUUUUGAAUGAGACGGAAAGGACCGAGGAUGGACCUGUACACAUAUAUUUCCUUUAUAUGAGAGCAAACUGAGAUGAAAACAUCGCUCACUGGAUGCUUCAGAAGGAGAAUAUAGUAGAGGUCAUUCGUGCUGUGUUCAGGAGUUGGGCUGCGGCCGAUGGGCUAUUCACCCAGUGGCGUCCAGAAGAGCAGCGUCAUCUCCGAGCAUUGUGGGUAUUUUGUAGAUUCGCCUGUGAAGCUGAUGGUGGAGUCAUCUUCAUCUGGAGGCAGGGGUGCUGAGGAAGGCAGACCACCUCCCCGAAUCGCAGAUGUUACAGACAGGCAGGAGAACAUAAUGCAAGGCAUGUUCUCUAACAGCGGUGCAUCGCAGAGAGAAAAGGGCCAAUUACAGAGCAGCCAGGAGCAUGAGGCGACGGAGUCAUGUGAUGAAGUAAACCUGCCAUGUGGCGCUAAGCUCCCGAAUGGACACGCAAGCCACAAUGCACCUGAGCGGGUUGCCUGCAAGUCAUCCAGUCCUGCUGGAAGCUGCGUGAGUUCUGAAGAUGACCAUGGGAUUGCAAAUGGUGAACUGUUGGUGGACUCUGGAAGUGCUGGUGAUGCCGUUUCUUCUGCUUUUUGCUCUGGGGAAACUCCAGAUGAAGCUGGAGAAAGCUUAGAAACUCAAGCUGGAGAAACCCUAGAAGCUCUAGAUCAAGCUGAGAGAAGCUCUACUGACCACUGUCUAGGUCUCCAAAGUUCAGAAUGUAAUGAAGGAAAGCUGCACAGACGCUCGUCAACAAGUCCUUCACCUCUGAAACACUCUCUCAGGACGUUUUCCUCCAGCACUUUCCUCAACACUGACUCUGCUUCUCUCAGUCCAAAUGAUGAUGAUGACGAGGAUGAAACCUUUUCCACUUCCGAUAGACCUGAUGACUUAAGAUUCAUGGACGUGUCUCUGAAAUCCAGGAAUACUUAUGAGAUCAGUCGGCGGCAGAGCGCUCCAGACAACAUCCCUGGCGUGUUGAGUGUUGCUGCAGUGGAUUUGACUCUCGGCCAGAGGAAACAAGGCAUCUCCGACAUCUUUAGCAGGAGUCUGUUCACCAGAAAGCAGAGGGAGGCCCAGAGUGCACCAGGGUGGAAACUGUUUGGAAAGGUCCCGCUGAGAGAGAGUCCUCCUAAAGACUCCAAAACCAUUCAGCAGGAAAGUAACCCAGGCAAUCUCACGUCUGUCUCUACACCCAAUCUCUUAAGUUCAGGGGAGUACGAGGCCAAGGUGUGUAAAUCUGGCCAGAGUCCCUCGCUGCCUGCUCAGAGCCGACGGAAGAACCUGGAGUUUGAGCCACUGUCCACCACCGCGCUCAUUUUAGAGGACCGACCUGCGAACCUCCCUGCAAAGUCGGAGGAGGAAGCACAGCGCCACCGUCAGGAGUAUGAUGAGAUGGUGGCGGAGGCCAAGAAGAGAGAGCUAAAAGAGGCUCAGAAGAAGAAAAAGCAGAUGAAAGAAAGGUUUAAACAGGAAGAGAGCAUCGCUAACGCCAUGGUGGUUUGGAACACUGAAAUCCUCCCUAACUGGGAGAGCAUGCGUGGCACACGGCGUGUGAGGGAUCUGUGGUGGCAAGGUCUUCCUCCCAACGUGAGGGGUAAAGUCUGGAGUUUGGCCGUUGGGAAUGAGCUGAACAUCACCUCAGAUUUGUAUGAGAUCUUUCUGUCGCGGGCCAAGGAGCGAUGGAAGAGCUUCAGAGAAACGGGCAGUGAGAUUGAGUCAGAUGUGGACAGUGCCGACCGCGAGUCUAGUCUGGAUCUGAUCAAGCUAGACAUCUCCCGCACAUUCCCAUCCCUCUUCAUCUUCCAGAAGGGUGGGCCGUAUCAUGAUCUCCUGCACAGUGUUCUGGGGGCUUACACCUGCUACAGACCUGAUGUGGGAUAUGUUCAGGGCAUGUCCUUCAUUGCUGCUGUGUUGAUUCUCAAUCUGGAGGAGGCCGAUGCUUUCAUCGCCUUCGCCAAUCUCCUCAACAAACCCUGUCAGAUGGCUUUCUUCAGAGUGGACCACGAGCUGAUGCUGAAGUACUUUGCAGCGUUUGAGGUGUUUUUUGAGGAAAACCUGCCCAGACUGUUUAAUCACUUCAAGAGUUACAACCUCACGCCUGACCUGUAUCUGAUAGACUGGAUCUUCACGCUGUACGCUAAGUCUCUGCCGCUGGAUGUGGCGUGUCGGGUGUGGGACGUCUUCUGCAGGGACGGAGAGGAGUUUUUGUUCAGGACAGGGCUGGGUAUCCUGCGGCUCUACGAGGAACUGCUUCUGCAGAUGGAUUUCAUUCACAGUGCUCAGUUUCUGACCCGUCUGCCGGACGACACGCCGCCUGAACGCCUCUUCAGCUGCAUCGCCAGCACGCAGAUGAUCAGCAGCAACAGGAAGUGGACACAGGUGUUUAACGCCCUCAUAAAGGAUAAAGAAAUGGAAAAAAGCAGCGUUCCUUCAGUGAAGAACUCUUGAACUCUCCUCAGUUUUGUAUUCCCGAUUGACCAUAUUGAAUAGAAGGAAGGAUUAAAUAAAACUCAAAGAAAUGAA